AUGUCAUCAUUUUCUGUUACUCUCACAUGUGCUUUUCUAUUAUGUUUCUGCAAUUUAGUCAGUGCUAAUAAUCUUGGCCCUUCUAUUGGAGGUGGCAUUGGCGGCCUUAUCGUAUUAAUCCUUGAUAUUAUCGCUAUUGUGGAUGUUCUUCGAUCACCUCGUGGUAUUGUUGGAAAAUUACUUUGGAUUUUACUUAUUAUACUCUUUCCUAUUGGAGGUUUAAUUAUAUGGGUACUUUGUGGACGAAAGACAACUGCAGUCGUUUGA